AUGGCCAAUGUGACAAAGACUUUCAAGAUAACUUACAGCAAUUCUUCAUCCUCUUGGACUGUGACAGUAAACUCAUUAAAUGUCACCCUUCAGAACCUCACGUCUGGGACUAAUUACACAAUUACUGCAGUAACAGUUGGUGCUCGGCAGUAUCAGAGUUCUCCUGUGACCAUAUCAGCAUUCACAAGUAGGUUUACACUGUGAUGUAUUUAUGUUUUACACUGCGCUAGGCCCUGCUGAGUCAAUGCACCCCCCUAAUAUACCACAGUCUAUGACUCUCACACAUACAAUAUCAGUAACUCACACACUCAUAUACCUAGAAUUACACUGUAAGGCAACUACUAAACCAUACAGAAACACAAAUAAACAAACACUCUCACACAUAUCUACUUAAAUUGUGGUGGUUCUCUGAUUUAGGAUCCACCUGAUGAGUACAACUCCGAAUAUAGAUAAAGAACACAAACAGCAAAUGCGUCAUCUGUAGUGAUAAAUUAAAUUAUUGUAACAAAUCAACUCAAUGUAACUAAUCUGACACCUGGAGUAACAUAUACAUUCACUGUAUUUACAAGAGCGGCUGAUAAUGUCACUGAAAGUCAAUCUGUCUCAUAUACAACCUGCACAGGUGAGUUCAGACUGACCUCUCUAGGGGAGAGAGUAAGUUACUUCACAUUCAUGUAUAACUUUGCCAGACACCUGGGCUAGAUCACAGAAAUUACUCACUUGCCAUCUUUUUCUGGUGACUAAACAGACUCUUAUCUAUAAGACUCAAUGUCUUGGCACACAAUAACACAUGGAAAAAGAUAGCCCAUUAUGCUGCAAAAACAUGCAAGCAUAUGAUAGAAUUUGGGGACAAUUUGGGAUCAGCGAUAGGGGGAGAUGGGUCAGGGGGAUUAAGGAGGUUGUGACUGAGUUGGAACAACCUCACAAUGUAUAUUUGGGUGCUUUAGUAGGUUCAUAUAGUGCUUUCUUUUCCUCUCUCUCUCUUCUUCUUUUUUUCUCUCUCUUACACUCUUCUCCUGCUGCCAGACAUAUCUGAUCUCUCUUUUCUUCAUCACAAGCAAACCCAACAAUGCAACUUAAAAAUAAAUAAAAAUGUAAUGGAUAAAUGGGGAGAUUCUUUUUAACGUGACUUUUCUGCUGUGCUCAUUGGAAUGUUCUAUGUAAAACACCUGUUUUCAAACUGUUCUGCAGUUGCCAUUGUUUUUGGUCACUCCAACCUUCCCUCAAAACUGUUCAAUAUUGUGUUCUUUUUUAUAUUUUUAUUUAACUUUUCUUUUUGUUUUUUUUCUUUUUUUUCUCUCAUUACUAAUGUUUGUCAUGCAGUGAGCCCUGUAUUUUCAUAAUACUAUGUGCUCAAUUGUCCACUCUCUCAUGUAUGUCCACUUGUCACUACUGUGCAUUUUUUCUCGUAAACUUGUUAUUAUAAAAAAAUAAAAAAUAAAAAACAACAACAAUGCUACUAAUUCCCUCAGUGUUAGCUGGGUAAAGCCAGAAGCAAAAGUGGAUAAUUACACAGUCACUGAGUGGAGACGUCAAUAGAACAAUCACAACUAAUUCUACACAAGUGGAUUUCACAGACUUACUGCCAGGCAGAAACUACUCCAUCACUAUACAGACAGUUAGUAGUAACUGCAGCCAGUCAGCAGCUCCAGUGAUAGAGGCAACAUGUGAGUAUGAUGGGACAUCUUAGUACAUCUUUAUGUACUAAUCCUACAAACUGAGUCCUAAGAAGGUUUUUGUAUAAUUUGUUUCUAGAUAUUAUUGAUUAUUUGCAACUUUUAGUUAUUAAAAUACAGAUUCCUGUAACUAAAUAUUAUUAUUUUUAUUUUUUAUAGAUACAACCCUUCCAGGCUCUUCCAAAAUUGGAAUGAACAAAAUGUUAUUGUCCUGGGGAGAACCAGUAAAUGUUUCCAAUAUAUCGAAAUCCUUUAAUCUAACUUACAGCAAUCUCACAUCCAGGACUAAUUACACAGCGGCUGUAGUAACAGUUGGUGCUCGGCAGUAUCAGAGUUCUCCAGUGACCAUAUCAGCAUUCACAAGUAGGUUUACACUGUGA